CAAGAUCAUCUCAUACUUCCUCACAGAUAGUCAAUCAGACAAACAGACGGAGAGACAGGCACAGGCAGACCAAAAGGCAGACAGGCAGUUAAGUAGACAAGCCGACAGGCAGGCAGACAGACAGACAUGGCCAGGCUGGACGUGACAGAGACCUUCCAUCACAUCUCAUUCCCUGGGCACAUUCACACCCAGGACUCCCUGAACUAUGCCUGCCACUUCAAGUUCCAGGACAGGGACACCAUCAUCGCCACCUACCCCAAAUCAGGGACUACCUGGAUGCAGGAGAUUGUCACCCUUGUGAAAAACAGAGGGGACCCACAACUCUCCAAAACUGUUCCCAACUGGGCCCGAGCCCCCUGGCUGGAACAGUAUUACAGUGCAAAGGUGCUAGGGGCCACCCAAGGGCCCCGAAUCAUUACCACUCACCUGCCCUACAACCUGCUGGCCUCUGCCCUCCAGGGCUCCAAAGCUAAGGUCAUCUAUGUUGCCAGAAACCCCAAAGAUGUUGUUGUGUCAUAUUACCACUUCCAUAAAAUGGCCAAAUUCCUCCCAGAACCCAAUUCAUUUGAUGAGUUUCUGGAUAGUUUUCUGGAGGGAUCAGUGAGUUAUGGGUCCUGGUUCGAUCAUGUGAAAGGCUGGACGAAACAAGCAGAAGUCUUGGCAAAUGUUCUUUAUAUCUCUUAUGAGGAUAUGUGGCUGAGCAAUGACUUUUGUCAGGACCUGCGAGGCUCGAUGGAGAAGAUCAGUGCUUUCCUGCAGUGCCCCCUAGUGGGCGAGGAGUUAACCAGCUCCUUGAGAUACUGCAGCUUUAGCAGCAUGAGAGACAACGCCAUGGUGAACUACACCCUGGUCCCACAGGAGAUCAUGGACCACAGCAAAGGCAAAUUCAUGAGGAAAGGUAAAAUCGGUGACUGGAGAAACACUUUCACAGAGGACCAGAUUUGUCUAUUCGACACCGUCUACAGCUACCAGAUGCAAGACUGUCCUCUGACCUUUCUGUGGAAGUGUCCUGAUGGGGAGAAGGAGUAGGAGGACAGGCCUCUGGGGAUCAGGGGAGGGCCCUUAUCCUCCAUGCCGCCGGAGAUUGAUGGAUACGCUUCAUACAAGUCCUGGUAUUCUCCCACUGAUGUUCUCCAUGUUUUUGUGAAUGUAAAUAUAAGGUACAUAAGCUAAUAUAGUCAAAUAAUAUAAUAACAUUGAUAUUCUAAUAUAAACAAAUAUUGUGUGUGACCUAUUUGUUGUUGUUGUUGGAUUUUUCUAAAUUCUAGAUUUUCCAGUUACAGUUUUUCUCAAUUGCUAAAACACAAUUUGAAACCUUGCUCCAUUUCCUGAAAACAUUAAACACAAAACCUCAUCUUCAA